CCCCCAAACUCAGUCAGGAGCGGAGAGAGGGAGGGAGAAAGGGAGCCAACGGAGGAGAGGAAAAAGUCUCUCUCGUCGGUUGUGAGGAAGUGUAGCCGUUUGGUUUUGUUUUUCCUUGUGUCGAGGGCUGUGACAUUGAAACAACUUCAGCUGUUUACUUUUAGGAUGUCUCGCCGCAAGCAAGCUAAACCAAGAGCACUCAAAGUAGAAGAAAAUGAAUUAGAGGACCAGGGAAGUGUAGGACAGUCAGCUGCACAGACAGAUCUGAACUGUAAACUAGAAGACAAGACAGAAGAUGGAGAGUUGAUAGAGUGUAAGAAAAGACCGGAAGAAGGGGAGGAGUUAGAAGAAGAAGCUGUGCACAGCUGUGACAGCUGCCUCCAGGUGUUUGAGUCACUGAGUGAUAUCACAGAGCACAAGAUCAAUCAAUGUCAACUGACAGAUGGAGUAGACAUUGAGGAUGAUCCGUCCUGCUCAUGGCCAGCUUCUUCACCUUCUAGCAAAGACCAGACUUCCCCAAGCCAUGGAGACGGUUGUGACUUUGGUGAAGAAGAGGGUGGGCCAGGACUGCCCUACCCAUGCCAGUUUUGUGACAAGUCAUUUAGCCGCCUUAGCUAUUUAAAGCACCACGAGCAAAGCCACAGUGACAAGCUCCCUUUCAAGUGCACGUAUUGCAGCCGCCUUUUCAAACACAAGCGAAGCAGAGAUCGCCACAUCAAGCUUCAUACGGGAGAUAAAAAGUACCAUUGCAGUGAGUGCGACGCAGCUUUUUCAAGAAGUGAUCAUCUUAAAAUUCACUUAAAGACUCAUACCUCUAACAAGCCAUAUAAGUGUGCCAUUUGUCGGCGUGGAUUUCUGUCCUCUAGUUCACUUCACGGACACAUGCAAGUUCAUGAGAGGAGCAAAGAUGGUUCUCAGUCUGCCUCCCGAAUGGAGGAUUGGAAAAUGAAGGACACUCAAAAAUGCAGUCAGUGUGAAGAAGGUUUUGAUUUUCCUGAAGAUCUUCAGAAGCACAUAGCAGAGUGUCACCCUGAGUGUUCCCCAAAUGAUGAUAGAGCUGCUCUUCAGUGUGUGUACUGCCACGAACUCUUUGUAGAGGAAAGUUCACUUGUAAACCACAUGGAGCAGGCUCAUAAUGGAGCAGAAAAGAAAAAUAUGUGUAGUAUUUGCUCAGAGAACUUCCAUACUGUUGAAGAGUUGUAUACCCACAUGGAUAGUCACCAGCAGCCAGAAUCUUGCAAUCAUAGCAACAGCCCCUCUUUAGUGACUGUUGGCUACACCUCAGUAUCUAGCACCACACCAGAUUCAAACCUCUCAGUGGACAGUUCAACCAUGGUGGAAACCGCUCCCCCAAUACCAAAAGGCCGUGGAAGAAAGCGGGCAUCCCAACAAGUGGCAGAUAUCACAGGGCCUUCAAACAAGCAAGCCAAGGUUACCUAUAGCUGCAUUUAUUGCAACAAACAGUUGUUUUCAAGCCUUGCAGUAUUGCAGAUACACCUGAAAACUAUGCAUUUAGAUAAACCUGAGCAAGCACAUAUUUGUCAGUAUUGUUUAGAAGUAUUACCUUCACUUUACAAUCUGAAUGAGCAUCUUAAGCAAAUACAUGAAGCCCCUGAUCCUGCAUUGAUUGUAUCUACUAUGCCUGCAAUGAUCUACCAGUGCAAUUUCUGCUCAGAUGUUUUCAAUGACCUCAACACCCUUCAGGAACAUAUUCGAUGUACUCAUGGAUUUGCAAAUCCAGCUGCUAAAGACAGUAAUGCAUUUUUUUGUCCUCAUUGUUACAUGGGGUUUCUUACUGAUUCUUCUUUGGAAGAGCAUAUUAGACAAGUCCAUUGUGAUCUCAGCAGUUCCCGUUUUGGUUCUCCUGUGCUAGGUACCCCUAAGGACCCAGUUGUUGAAGUAUAUUCUUGUUCUUAUUGUACAAAUUCUCCAAUAUUUAAUAGUGUUCUUAAACUAAAUAAGCAUAUAAAGGAAAAUCACAAGAACAUUCCAUUAGCGCUCAACUACAUCCAUAAUGGAAAGAAAUCUAGAGCCAUGAGCCCCUUAUCUCCAGUGACUUUAGAGCAGACUUCAUUAAAAAUGAUGCAGACUGUGGGGGGUGCCACUCCACGCCCUGCUGGUGAGUACAUUUGCAAUCAAUGUGGUGCUAAAUACACUUCUCUGGAUGGUUUUCAGACUCACUUAAAAACUCAUCUUGACACUGUACUACCUAAGCUGACCUGUCCUCAGUGCAACAAGGAAUUUCCAAACCAAGAGUCCCUCCUGAAGCAUGUGACCAUUCAUUUCAUGAUAACCUCUACUUACUACAUCUGUGAAAGUUGUGAUAAACAGUUUACUUCAGUGGAUGAUUUGCAGAAACACUUGCUUGACAUGCAUACUUUUGUAUUUUUCCGUUGUACUCUUUGCCAAGAGGUAUUUGAUUCUAAAGUUUCCAUUCAACUUCACUUGGCUGUGAAGCAUAGUAAUGAAAAGAAGGUAUACAGGUGCACAUCCUGCAACUGGGAUUUCCGGAAUGAGACAGAUUUGCAACUCCAUGUUAAACACAAUCAUCUAGAGAACCAGGGCAAAGUGCACAAGUGUAUUUUUUGUGGUGAGUCUUUUGGUACUGAAGUGGAACUCCAGUGCCACAUUACCACACACAGCAAAAAAUACAAUUGCAAAUUUUGCAGCAAAGCAUUUCAUGCUAUCAUCUUGUUGGAAAAACAUUUGAGGGAAAAGCAUUGUGUUUUUGAAACCAAAACUCCCAAUUGUGGAACAAAUGGAGCAUCUGAACCAGUUCAGAAGGAAGAAGUAGAGCUACAGACCUUGCUCACAAAUAGUCAGGAAUCACACAAUAGCCAUGAUGGCAGUGAAGAAGAUGUUGAUACAUCUGAGCCCAUGUAUGGAUGUGAUAUUUGUGGGGCGGCCUAUACAAUGGAGUCUCUUCUGCAAAAUCACCAGCUUCGAGACCACAAUAUCCGACCAGGGGAAAGUGCCAUUGUUAAGAAAAAGGCAGAACUCAUUAAAGGAAACUACAAGUGUAAUGUGUGUUCUCGGACGUUCUUCUCUGAAAAUGGCCUCCGUGAGCACAUGCAGACCCAUUUGGGUCCAGUGAAACACUAUAUGUGCCCGAUAUGUGGUGAGAGGUUUCCAUCUCUGCUCACUCUCACCGAACAUAAAGUCACACACAGUAAGAGCCUAGAUACAGGGAACUGCAGAAUUUGCAAAAUGCCACUGCAGAGUGAGGAGGACUUUUUGGAGCACUGUCAGAUGCACCCUGAUUUGAGGAACUCCUUAACAGGAUUCCGCUGUGUGGUAUGCAUGCAGACAGUGACUUCUACAUUGGAGCUGAAGAUCCAUGGGACAUUCCACAUGCAGAAAACAAGCAACAGUUCUUCAAUGCAGGCUACAGGGCGAGUACAGCAUCUUCAGAAACUGUACAAAUGUGCUUCAUGCCUGAAGGAAUUCCGUUCGAAACAGGAUUUGGUGAAACUUGACAUUAAUGGCCUACCAUAUGGUUUGUGUGCUGCCUGUGUUAAUCUCAGCAAAAGUGGUAGUCCAAGUGUCAACAUCCCCUCAAGCAGUAACAGACAAGGCAUGGGCCAGAGUGAGAACUUGAGUUCCACAGAGAACAAAAAUAAAGCAGGAGGACUGAAGACUCGCUGUUCCAGUUGCAAUGUUAAAUUUGAAUCAGAAAGUGAACUUCAAAAUCAUAUUCAGUCAGUCCAUAGAGAGCUCAUCCCAGACAGCAAUAGUACGCAUCUGAAAACGCCACAGGUAUCACCAAUGCCCAGAAUCAGCCCAUCACAAUCUGAAGAGAAGAAGACUUAUCAGUGCAUCAAGUGCCAGAUGGUUUUCUACAAUGAAUGGGAUAUCCAGGUUCAUGUUGCAAACCACAUGAUUGAACUCGAUGGUAGAUAUACCAGUACUUCCACCAGUUCCAGAAGUCCCAGACGGGUGGGAAAUACUAGUUUGCUGAAAGAAUGUAGCUUUGAAGUGGGUACAGAACAGGAUGAAGGACUAAACCAUGAAUGCAAGCUGUGCAACCAGACAUUUGAUUCUCCUGCCAAACUUCAGUGCCAUCUGAUAGAACACAGCUUUGAAGGCAUGGGGGGAACCUUCAAAUGUCCAGUCUGCUUUACAGUAUUUGUUCAAGCCAACAAGUUGCAGCAACACAUUUUUUCGGCCCAUGGACAAGAAGACAAGAUCUAUGACUGCACACAGUGCCCACAGAAGUUCUUCUUCCAAACAGAACUGCAGAAUCAUACAAUGACCCAACAUAGCAGUUAGUGCGAGGCCCAGCUUUUCAGAAAUGGAUUCUUUGCAGGACAAAAAAAAGGGAACAUGUUUUAAUCUUUGCACGAGACUUUCAUUGUUAAUGUAUAUUAUUCAGAAACAUUGUAUUGUACCAUACAACUUGUAUUAUCAAAGCUGUUGGAUGUUCAUGUGUUUGAACUUUUGAGCACCGGAGAGACUUCCUGUAUAUAAAGUGUUGCACAUGUAUUAUGUUGUCUGAUACUAAAAUGGUCUUAUAAAGACAAGUGGACUUGGGCCCUAUUCAAGCAGCAAGCACGAUUAAAAGAACAAUGAUAAUGUAUAAUGGAAAUAAACGCGUAAGAAAAUGUUAUUUUCAAGGAGGGGAAAAAAAGAAAUUACAGUGAUACAUUACAUCCCUAUUUGGCAUUCCUUUCAUUCAAGAUUAUGUCUACAAUCUCUCUUUUGGUAUACAUAUUCCAAGAGUAUUUUUAUUGCUGAAGAGUCUUGCAAAAAAUGAAUAAAACACAAAAUAUGAGAUUCUCUCCAAGCAGGAUCCCCUAGCUGAAUAUGGCCUGUAUAUAUAUAUUUGUAAGCCUUGCGAUAUGACAGAUAGCAUUACCAUAUAUGCAAUAGUUGUUAUGUAGAUUGUCAAAUAAUUUUUUUCCUGGAUACCAUUUGAAGCUUUUGAGUGUUCAAGACUUUUCCUUAAUGAUGUCACAUGGCCAAAUUUUUGAAUCAGUUGAACUAACCUGUAUGUUACUGUUAUUAAUGUUUACUCUGCAGUCUGAACCUGGAGAUUACUGGAAUGGUUUUCCAAGAGGAAAUAAAUUCAGUUUACCAUUA